AUGUUGCACACCCUCCAAGCUUUAUUGGACACGUCAUCAAUGCUCAAUCGGCUUGCGAGCACACGCUACCUCCGGCCCCGCCAUGAGGUGAUCAAGUUCAGCCAGUUCCAGCUCUUGACUGCCUUCUCGCAGAGUGCUGAAGACCUCCAUAACUUUGUCAACAUUGUCCGCAUCUCUCCAUUCGUAUUUGCGUCAAUUGUCACUAUGAUCGAGAACGAUCCUGUCUUCCAGAACAACUCACAGAAUGAACAAACCCCUGUGGAUAAGCAGCUUGCUGUUACACUCUACCGAAUGGGGCGCUAUGGGAAUGGUGGUUCUGUUGAUGAUGUCGCCCGAUUUGCUGGACGACUUCAUCCUCUCUUUGUUCGGGCACUUUCAAGAGAGGAGAAAGAGCAAGAAAAAUGUUGGAUUGACCGACAUAUUGGGUACCGCUCCUCAUGGCGGGAGGGGUAUCUAAUGUACGAUGGGACGAUUGUGCCAUUAUGCGAAAAGCCGGCAUUAAACGGUCAAGCAUACUUUACCCGAAAGAGUAACUAUGGGCUCAAUGUACAGAUCGGAAAUGUUCCAUCUAAUCUUCGAAUUAUUGACUACUCACAUGGAUUCACGGGAUCGGCUCAUGAUUCCUCCGCAUUUGAAUAUACCACUGCUCGAAAACAUCCGGAACUUCUUUUCGAAGGAGACGAGCAUGGCUUUGGGGACUCUGCCUAUGCUCUCUCCGAAUAUAUGAUCCCAAUGUUCCGCAGCCCAGCCGCCGACCUGGCUGUCAAUCACCUUUUCUGUGCAACAUUAUCCGCUCUCCGAGUUCGAUCCGAGCAUUGCAUGGGAGCUAUCAAAGGUCGCUGGCAAUGUCUCAAGGGACUACGAACAAGUAUUGCCAAAAAGCGUCAUCAUGUUGAGGCCUGCCGUUGGGUCACUAUUGCCAUUAUACUGCAUAAUAUUGUGGUGGAGCUGGAAGGGAUUGGGGAGAGUGACACAUUUAUCAACCAGGGUUUGGAAGAGCAUGAUGGUGAUGAUAUGCCUAUGCAGAAUGAUAUGGCAGAGGGUGAGGCAAAGCGUCAACGGCUAGUCGCCGAAAUCAAUGCUAUUCGUGGUCGCUAG